CCGCUUCCAUUGAGAAAUCAAAACGGCGUGCUGUUGCGCGUGUGCGUGUCCGAUAACGUGUCAAUUUCAUUCGCUUAUGCUCUCAGGCAGUAUUCACUAAGCUGAGUGACCAUGGCUAAGCGCAAGAAGGGCAAGAAUAGUAAGAAGGCGCCCAGCAAGGUCAGCAAUGGCUCCGUCAUCGAAGACGGAGACGUUUCCGAUGCCGCCGAACAACCGUCACAAAGUGCCGAAGAGAAGACCUCGGCAGCAGCAGGUAAGACGGCGGACGACUCGGUCGUCGAGGUCAACAAAAACAGCGUCGCCGAGGACGAGAAGGACAUGGAUCAAUCGCGAGUCGUUCAGCAAACCGCGCCGAAGAAGCGCAAGCGCGCGGACCUAUCGGCCAGCGAAAUCAAGAAAAACGCCGCGCUGAUCGUCGAAGACAGGAAAAAUGUCAACCUCCUGAUCGACGUCGUGGAUUCGUUGUCGGCCGACUCGGAGGACGUCGUUGUCGCCGCCGCACAAGCAUGCAACAAGGUGUUCUGCCACUUUCUCAAGACGAGCACUGCGCUGUACGAGAGCGACGCAGCGGCAAAACCUGCCGAAUCUCAAAACGCGCUCGAGAAGUUCAAUGCAUGGCUUCGGCAGCGGUACGCCGACGCGUGGCGUCGCAUCGUCGCGAUGCUGUCGGACGCUUCGGCCCGCAAGCAGAGCCUAGCGCUCCAGGUCGCCAUGAAGUGGAUCGAGGUGGAGACCCUGCAUAAGAAGGAAGGUGAACACCACGUACCCAGUGCCAAGGUUGCCGCAGUCGUCGAAACGUUGCUGGACGCCGAGCGAGACAUGAAGAACGUCAUCUCCAAGUUCAACCAGUUCCUCGACCUCGCCGACGUCAAGACGUACGCGCUUAGGGCGCUCGGUAAGGUAGCCCGGACGUGGAGGAGGGUAGACGCGCUGACGGCUACUAAGCAAGAUGGCAACCAGGACACUGCGACGUCUAAAGAAGACGAAGAGGACGAGGAGAAGAGAGAAGCCUCGUCGCAGCCGACCACUAUGAAGAAGCCGGAAAUGACCGACCGAUACUUGUCAAACCUCUAUCACUUACUCCUGGGUUUCGACAUGACGGCCGAACCACACAAGCCGGGAGAGCCCAUUCCCGUGUUGGGAGGCGAAAGCACCAACUACAUCGUCAACCGUGAACAAGAGGUCAAGCGCCUGUCGGCGGUCUGGAUCACCUUCUUGCGACAGAAGCUCCCCGUCAAGCUGUACCGCGAGCUGCUCAUCUUCCUCCCCGACAAGGUGGUGCCUUACAUGCACAACCCGCUGCUGGUCACCGACUUCUUCAUCGAGUCGUACAACCGGGGCGGAUCCUACAGCCUCCUGGCCCUCAACGGCCUCUUCCUGCUCAUCCACCGGUACCACCUGGACUACCCCAACUUCUACGAGAAGCUGUACGCCCUGCUGGAGCCGGGCGUCUUCUACGAGAAGUACCGGGCCCGCUUCUUCUUCCUCACUGACCUGUUCCUCUCGUCGUCCCACCUGCCGGCCUACCUCGUCGCCUCGUUCGCCAAGAGGCUAGCCCGCAUGGCCCUGCAGGCUCCACCUUACGCCCUCCUCUACGUCAUUCCCUUCAUAGGCAACCUCCUGAUCAGGCACCGCAGCCUGGCAACGAUGAUCAACGACUCCUCAGACCGGGACGCCUCCAUCGACCCAUAUGACGUGGAGCAGGCGAAUCCGAGCAAGUCGCAGGCCGCCGACAGCUCCCUCUGGGAGCUGAAGACGCUCCAGAGUCACUGGCACCCGACGGUGGCCAAGAAGGCGAAGUUCAUCGACGACAACCUGCCACGGAUGGAGUGGGACUUCUCCGAAAGGCUCGAGGAAGGGUAUGCGGAAAUGAUGAAGCGUGCAAAGUCUGCUAAACACAAGGAGGCGCCGACCAACUUCCACAAGGUUGAGGGACUCUUGAAGCAAAAGGAAGAACUCCUGAGUGAUCUGUGGACCUUGGAGUGAAAGCGUUCCUCUUCCUUACACAAGCUUGGCUUGAGAGAGAGAGACAACAUUUAUCAAUAAAAAAAAAGUGGUUCAUUGCAGGUG